GGAUUAUUCCAAACUACGCUGAAAAUGGCGCACACCAAAAAUUCCACGCUUUUCCCCAUUUUCGAGUACGCCUUUUUGAGUUUUUUCUCCUCCAACCUCUUCCUCCUCCCUUCACAUUUUAGGGUUUGUGAAUAUUGCAGAGGUUAAAAGAAGAAGAUGAGGCCUGUUUUUGCUGGGAAUUUGGAGUAUGAUACACGACAAUCGGAGCUGGAGCGAUUGUUCUCAAAGUAUGGAAGAAUUGACCGCGUUGACAUGAAAUCUGGUUUUGCUUUUGUCUAUUAUGAGGAUGAGCGUGAUGCUGAAGAAGCAAUUCGUGCACUUGACAAUUUUCCAUUUGGCUAUGAAAAGCGAAGGCUCUCUGUUGAAUGGGCUAGGGGUGAACGUGGGCGUCAUCGUGAUGGCUCAAGGGCAAACCAGAAGCCGACAAAAACCCUAUUUGUGAUCAACUUUGACCCAAUUCGUACUAGAGUUCGGGAUAUAGAAAAGCACUUUGAACCUUAUGGGAAGGUUCUUCAUGUUCGAAUUCGUAGGAACUUCGCAUUUGUGCAGUUUGAAACACAAGAAGAUGCUACGAAAGCUCUUGAGUGUACAAAUAUGAGUAAGAUACUGGACAGGGUGGUGUCUGUGGAGUAUGCACUGAGGGAUGAUGGUGAUAGGGGUGACAAUUAUGACAGUCCGAGACGAGGUGGUUAUGACAGAUCACCGAGUCCGGCCUAUCGCAGGCGGCCAAGUCCUGACUACGGUCAUCCACGCAGCCCUGUGUAUGAUAGAUAUAAUGGACCAGACAGGCGUAGGAGUCCUGAUUACGGCAGGCAGAGGAGCCCAGAUUAUGGCAGGCACAGGAGUCCUGAUUAUGGCAGAUACCGCAGCCGUUCACCAGUUCGAAGGUCAAGGACUUAGGCUAGGUCCGGGACCCGGUUUUCUGUGGUAAAGAAGCAGGCGCGAGUGGCACCUUUUUUUUUUUUUUAACUUUCUGGUUGUUAGAGUAACUAAUGGAAUGAUACAUUGUGUAGUAAAGGGUACUCCCCACAGUUUUUAGUUUGAUUUGGUUUGGCUUUGCAAAUAGCUUUGUUGUAAGUCCAUGCCAAUUGUGGUUAUAGGAAUUAUUAUGAAUGCAUAUAUUUGCAGUGACAUGUUAUUUAUCUGCUACUAGUCUACUACAGUACUAUUAUUGAAAAUCAAUAUCAUUCUACCCUCGUGCUA